CGGAAGCGGAAGUAGAAGAAAGAUGCAGGACCAUCAACAUGUGCCCAUCGACAUCCAGACCAGCAAGCUGCUCGACUGGCUGGUGGACAGAAGGCACUGCAACUUGAAAUGGCAGAGCCUGGUGCUGACCAUCCGGGAGAAGAUCAAUGCUGCCAUCCAGGACAUGCCAGAGAAUGAAGAGAUUGCCCAGCUGCUCUCGGGUUCCUACAUUCACUACUUCCACUGCCUAAGAAUCGUGGACCUUCUCAAGGGCACUGAGGCCUCCACGAAAAAUAUUUUUGGCCGAUACUCUUCACAGCGCAUGAAGGACUGGCAGGAGAUUGUAGCUCUGUACGAGAAGGACAACACCUACUUAGUGGAGCUCUCUAGCCUCCUGGUGAGGAACGUCAACUAUGAGAUCCCCUCGCUGAAGAAGCAGAUUGCCAAGUGCCAGCAACUCCAGCAAGAGUACAGCCGCAAAGAGGAGGAGGGCCAGGCGGGGGCCGCCGAGAUGCGGGAGCAGUUCUUCCACUCCUGCAAGCAGUACGGUAUCACGGGAGACAACGUCCGAAGAGAACUUCUGGCCCUGGUGAAGGAUCUGCCGAGUCAGCUGGCUGAUACUGGGUCAGGGGCCCAGUGCCUGGGGGAAGCCAUUGACUUAUACCAGGCCUGUGUGGACUUUGUGUGUGAAAGCCCCACAGAGCAGGUGUUGCCAAUGCUGAGAUUCGUGCAGAAGAAAGGAAACUCGACCGUGUAUGAGUGGAGGACCGGGGCGGAGCCAUCUGUGGUGGAGCGGCCACACCUUGAGGCACCCCCUGAGCCGGUGGAGGAAGACGCGAUUGACUGGGGUGACUUUGGGGCAGAGGCGGCUUCUGAAGGAAUUGACUAUGGCAUCUCUGCUGACGCUGCUGGAAUUGACUGGGACAUCUCAUUGGACUCAGACUCAAAGGAAGCAGGAGGUGAUGGCAUUGACUGGGGAGACGAGGCUGAGACUUUGCAGAUCACAGUGCUGGAAGCCGGAACCGAGGCUCCAGAAGGUGUUGCUAGAGGCUCCGAUGCUCUGACUCUCCUUGAGUACCCCGAGACCCGGAACCAGUUCAUUGAUGAGCUCAUGGAGCUUGAGAUCUUCCUGUCCCAGAGAGCAGUGGAGAUGAGUGAAGAGGCAGACAUCUUGUCGGUGAGCCAGUUCCAGCUGGCUCCAGCCAUCCUGCAGGGCCAGACCAAGGUGAAGAUGGUUACCAUGGUGUCCAUACUGCAGGAUCUGAUUGGCCAGCUCACCAAUCUUCGAAUGCAACACCUGUUUAUGAUCUUAGCCUCCCCAAGGUAUGUGGACCGAGUGACUGAAUUCCUCCAGCAAAAGCUGAAGCAGUCCCAGCUCCUGGCCUUGAAGAAAGAGCUGAUGGUACAGAAGCAGCAGGAAGCACUUCAGGAGCAGGCGACCUUGGAGCCCAAGCUGGACCUGCUGUUAGAGAAAACCAGGGAGCUGCAGAAGCUGAUUGAAGCUGACAUCUCCAAGAGGUACAGUGGGCGUCCCGUGAACCUGAUGGGAACCUCUCUGUGA